CCAUCAGUUAAACACAGUCCUGCUAAAUGGUAACAUGCACGUUGUUGUCUAACGUUUGAGAAACAAUAAUUAAGAAUAAAUUUGACAUAAUAAAAGAAAUAUGGCUCAAUUAAGUUCAUCGUUCACAAUGGAAAAUCCUGUUUUCGAAUGUUACGCUUUUUACAGUAGUAUAUUAAUUUUAAAAAUGAUCCUCAUGUCUUUUUUAACUAUAAUCCAAAGAAUGAAGAAAAAGGUUUUUAUAAGCCCCGAAGACUUAACACUUAAUCCGAUCAAAGCGAGCACAGGAGAAGUUUUAUAUGAUGACCCUGAUAUUGAAAGAGUGAGACGAGCUCACUUGAAUGAUUUAGAAAAUAUACCGAUAUUUCUUAUCACUGGAUUGUUAUUUGUCGCAAGCAGACCAGCAGAAAUGUUAGCAAUGAACUUAUUUAGACUAUAUACACUUGUUAGAAUAAUUCACACUUCGGUAUAUGCGAUUUAUGUUGUACCUCAACCCACUAGAGCUAUUAUGUUUAUAAUAGGAGUAAUAAUCAACAUAAUAAUGAUAAUAUGUAUACUCAUAAAAAUGCACCAAUUUUAAUUUAAAUUUUGCAAAUAUAUCAUUACAUAAUUUUUUUAUUUAAUUAUUAAGAGUAAAAUUGCAUCAUUUAGAUGAUUAAUUAAUUAAGAAUUAUGAAGAAAUAGUAUUUUAUAAUUUUUAAUAUUAAAUAAAUAUAGUAUUUAAUGUACAAUAAACAAAAAAUUCAUGAGCUUUUUGGGUACUUAAAUAUUUGCAUGUUUGCAAUAAAUGAUGUUUAUAAAUUAAAACUAUAAAAACAAGUGAAGCUUAUUUAUGAGUAACCAGUAGGUAUGCAGAAAAAUAAUUAUUUCUU